UGUCUCAGACCUCAAGCUCAUUGAUGUUAGAAGAGACUUUCUCUCUCAGGGCUUGGAGCUGGUGGUCCCUUUGCCCUCAGUCACUUUCUUCGUUGAUGUUUCUGUCCCAUUAGGACCUGGCACAGAUUUCCAGCAGGGAUGGACUGGCAGCAGGUCAUGUCAUUAAGAGUGGAGGAUGAGGAUAGAUUUCCACUAAUCUGUGGUCUCUGUCUCCUCUGCUAGGUGAGCCCAGGUGUGUCCCAGAGGGAUCCAGGUGACUUCUCUGCAGACUGUUUGCCAUGACACUCCACCAAGGACAGGGAGAAUAGAGCGGGAGUCCUUCCCCAUGCCCCUCCCAUGGUCAGCUCCCCGAUGGCCUGGGUGAGGUAAGAGCUGGGCGUAGGAGUCCAUUUUCUGGAGUUUUCCAAGUUGGGAGGGUGUAGGUCACUGCAUCAUUUGAGACUGUACCCAUUCAGUGGGAGUUCUAGAACAGCUAAUCCUGCAGACUUAGGUCUUGCAUCAAGUUGCAGCUCCUUAAAACUCUGGUCGGGAUCCGUCUGCAGUUCCUGCUCCCAUAGGUCACUUAAGUGUGAGUGGUGUCCUCGCCAUCUGAGGCACAGGUCUGAGUGCUGUGACACAUAAUCCAGAAUCCUGGAGCGAAAAGUAAAGAGUAAGGCCCUUGGGCUCCCCUUCAAACAAAUGGGAGCAAAUCCUGCAUUUUUGUAAAUGGAGAAGUACUUCAUUAAACUUAGACAUCUCUUGCUGUUUUAAAUGUUCAAACUUUUGAAUGUCUCUUUGUGAUAAUAACGUGACAACUCAUUUGAAGAGAGCAUCAGAAAGAUGAUUUGAGGUCGACAUUGGGAUGAUGGUGAGGGAGGAUAAGGGAGAAUCUAGAUGGGAUAAAAAAAAUAAAAAAGAAGGGAAGAAAAGAAAGUUAUGGGCCAAAGUGUCUGGGACGCCCAGUAGUAGUUCCCCUGUGGCAUCCGAAUGAGGAGCUCAGGCAGGCACCCAGUUCCUUCUGAUACAGAUCGCUCUGGGCCCCUACGCGGGUCCAUGCCCUUUCGCCCGCGUGGACUCCCUUCUCUCGCACCGCCUGGGUCAAACACACUUCUCAAGGUCCAGAUCAAAUGCUCUCUGAGCAGCUCUGUCCCCUCGUCAGCACCGAAUGAACUCACCCUGGCCUCAUGUGUGUCUGGCCCUGGACUGAGAGUGAAUUCCUUGAGAGAGGGUCUGUGUCACCGUCUGCCGAACAGGGGCAGGCUGGCCGCUCUGACACCAUGGGGAGCUGCUGCAGCUGCCUGAACAGAGACAGCAUCCCAGACAACCACCCCACCAAGUUCAAGGUGACGAAUGUGGAUGACGAGGGGGUGGAGCUGGGCUCUGGGGUGAUGGAACUGACUCAGAGCGAGCUGGUGCUGCACCUGCACCGGCGGGAGGCCGUCCGCUGGCCCUACCUCUGCCUGCGGCGCUACGGCUAUGACUCCAACCUCUUCUCCUUUGAGAGUGGCCGCCGAUGUCAGACAGGCCAAGGGAUAUUUGCAUUCAAGUGCUCCCGGGCUGAAGAAAUCUUCAACCUCCUUCAGGAUCUGAUGCAGUGCAACAGCAUCAACGUGAUGGAAGAGCCGGUCAUCAUCACGCGCAAUAGCCACCCCGCUGAGCUUGACCUCCCUCGGGCCCCCCAGCCACCCAGCGCUCUAGGCUACACUGUCUCCAGCUUCUCCAAUGGCUUCCCUGGCUGCCCGGGGGAGGGCCCUCGAUUCUCAGCUGCCCGGCGGCCCUCCACAAACAGCCUGCGACACACCUCGCUUGGGGAGGAGUCCACUCACGCCCUCAUUGCCCCCGACGAGCAGUCCCACACCUAUGUCAACACACCGGCCGGUGAGGGCGAGGAGGACCGCAGCAGGAGCCAGCACUGCCUGCAGCCCCUGCCCGAGGGGCGCACUCCCUUCCCUCCACAGGCCCGGGCCCUGGGCCAGCGGGACCCGCAGGUGUUCUUGCAGCCAGGCCAGGUGAAGUUCGUGUUGGGCCCAACCCCUGCUCGGCGGCACAUAACGAAGUGCCAGGGCCUGUGCCCCAGCCUGCAUGACCCCUCCCACCACCACAACAACAACAACGAGGGCCCCUCCGAGUGCGCCGCCCAGCCCAAGUGCACCUACGAGAACGUCAGCGGGGGCCUGCGGCGAGGGCCUGGCUGGAGACUGAGCCCCGAGGAGCCGGCCUGGAGCAGCCUUGCCCACCGCAGGGCUGCCCUGCUGCACUACGAGAACCUGCCCCCGCUGCCGCCCGUGUGGGAGAGCCAGGCCCAGCAACUGGGCGGGGAGGCCGGGGACGACGGGGACUCGAGGGAUGGGCUCACCCCCUCCUCCAAUGGCUUCCCGGAUGGUGAGGAGGACGAGACCCCCCUGCAAAAGCCCACCAGCACCCGGGCCUCCGUCCGCAGUCACAGCAGCUUCCCUGUGCCACUGACCCGCCGCCGCGGCUCCCCCAGGGUCUUCAACUUUGAUUUCCGCAGGCCAGGCCCGGAGCCCCAAAGGCAGCUCAACUACAUCCAGGUGGAGUUAAAGGGCUGGGGUGGAGACCGCCCCAAGAGCUCUCAGAACCCCUCCGGCCCCCGGGCCCCGGUGCCCGCUGCCCACCCUGCCCGCAGCUCCGACUCCUAUGCCGUGAUUGACCUCAAGAAGACCGUGGCCAUGUCUAAGCUGCAGAGGGCUCUGCCUCGAGACGAUGGCACGGCCAGGAAAACCCGGCACAACAGCACCGACCUGCCUCUGUAGGGGCCUCCCGGCCUCGCCGCCCUGUGCCCCCCAGGGCCCAGCCUCUGCCUCACUCCUGUCCUCUGAACCUGCCCACCCCAGGGUUCAGGGCUGCUCUGCAAAAGGCAUGGGGGUGGGACCAGAUGCUUCCCCGUGCUGGCCGGGGUCCCCAAAGGUAUCAGCCGCCGAGUCUCCUGGUCUCCAUGCCAGGGAGAGAGGGGUGCCCGGGCGAGGAGGGAGCCAUGUAAACUGUGAAGGGUUCCGUGAUUGCAUUUACACCUCCCCUUGUGUCCAUUUGUCUUGUCUGUCGGCUGUCUGUGUGUUUUUGGUUGGAAUUUUGAAACAUUUUG